AUGUACGCUGAUGGAGCACAGCAUUUGGGUAAUGCAUUACAGCACAACAUGACACUUGCUACGCUAAAUCUCAAAAGUAAUUAUAUUGGAGCUGUUGGAGCACAACAUAUGAGUGAUGCAUUGCGACACAACACAGGACUCACCACACUAUAUCUCGAAUCUAAUGCCAUCGACGAUAUUGCAGCACAACAUUUCGCUAAUGCAUUACAACACAACACCACACUAACCACAUUAGAUCUCCAUUUUAAUCAAAUCGAGCAUGUUGGUGCGCAACAUUUAGGUGAUGCACUACGACACAACACAACGCUCAUCACACUAAAUCUUGAAAGUAAUCACAUUGGACCUGUUGGAGCACAACAUUUGAGUGAUGCAUUACAACACAAUAAAACGCUUACUACACUAAAUCUCAGAACUAAUAAAAUCGGAGAUGUUACAGCACGACAUUUAGCUGAUGCAUUACGAUACAAUACAACACUCACCACACUAGAACUCCAAUUUAACAAGAUCGGAGAUAUUGGAGUACAACAUUUGGCUGAUGCAUUACAACGGAACGCAACACUCACGACACUAGAUCUCCAAAGUAAUCCCAUCGGUGAGAUUGGAGCACAACAUUUGGCUCAUGCACUACAGCACAAUACAACACUCACGACAUUAGUUCUCCAAAAUAGUUAUCAAAUGGGUGAUGUUGGAGCACAGCAUUUGGCCCAUGCAUUACAGCAUAAUAAGACACUCACUAUACUGAAUCUCGGUAAUAUUCGCUGCGAAGUUGUUGGAGCACAACAUUUGGCCGAUGCAUUACGAUGCAACACAACACUUACCACACUAGACCUCUGGUGUAAUGAUAUUGGAUAUGUCGGAGGACAACAUUUCAGUGAUGCAUUGCAACAUAAUAGAGUAAUUGUCACUAUCUCUUCAACUGUAUCGUGUCAUUAG